AAGGAUUUUGAUGGGCGGACGCCGCUGUCGAGGGCGGCUGAGAACGGGCACGAGGCCGUUACGCGGCUGCUCCUCGAGAAGGGCGCCGCCGUCGACGCCAAGGGUUUAUAUGGGCGGACGCCGCUGUCGAGGGCGGCUGAGAACGGGCACGAGGCCGUUACGCGGCUGCUCCUCGAGAAGGGCGCCGCCGUCGACGCCAAGGAUUUAUAUGGGCAGACGCCGCUGUCGAGGGCGGCUGAGAACGGGCACGAGGCCGUUACGCGGCUGCUCCUCGAGAAGGGCGCCGCCGUCGACGCCAAGGAUUUUGAUGGGCGGACGCCGCUGUCGAGGGCGGCUGAGAACGGGCACGAGGCCGUUACGCGGCUGCUCAGGUCACAUCCUUCUCAAUCUGCUUAA